UCCUGAUCUGCAGUAACAUACACAAUAUACAUCAUACAGAACCGAGCACACACUCCAAGCAUCCUCCACACUCACCGCACACAUAUACAUACACACGCUUAUACGCACACGUAUGCGCUCCAUCUCCAGGACACACACACACCGUGCAGAUCCACACAACCUGUAUCUCGAACAUCAUUUUCGUUAGAGGCACCGACAGCCUGCCAAACAAGCACACGACGCUUACACACACACAGACAAGCAACUCGUUGCAGUCUCCGGCAUGGCUACCCCAACCGAACGAACCGAGAAAGCCAGCAUGUAUGGGGAUCAGGACCCUUUCGUAUACGAUUAUGACACGGUACGGAUGACCGGACUCAUUCUCGCCAUCGUCAUGUUCCUUCUGGGUAUCAUCGUUGCUCUGAGUAACAAAUUUAAAUGCAAGCAGAGGAAUCCAAAUGGAUCUCAGGCUGACGGACGGCAACCUCUUCAAACUCAAACUCCUGGAGGAAGUGUAUAGUCACUAGGUCUCCGUUCUUUGACCUAUGCUGCUGGAUCCUGUCUCUGGACCCCCGUAAAGAAACGAGGGAAAGGGAUGAAAAGGAAUCUGCCCCCCCUUCCCCAUCCCAGCAAUACCCCAAAUAGCGUGUUAAAAAUGCAUGCAUGAGUUCUCCCGUCAUAAAAAAAUACCCACCUCCCCCAUCAGGCACACAACAGAGCUUCCAUCUUUAAUCUCAAGGAACCGAUUAAGAUACACUUGUCUCACCCCCCCCCCAAAAAAAAACUUCCAGUGUACAGAGACAGAGAUAAACCGGAAUGUAGAGACGCAGAGUAAAUGACAUGCAGGUAGGGGUUACAGACAUGCACAUAACGCCAAGGGAAUCACGAACAAUGCUAAAUUUUGAGUUCAGCAAGGGUUGACAAUGUGUCAAAAAUAAAAGUCAUGGGUUGGCCACCCAUUCCAUACAUAAAAAGCUCAUCAUUGAUGUAGAAAGUCAGGAAAAAAAACAUAGUUUCCCAAAAACAUCUCAAAAUUAUCCAACCCCACACUUGAUCCAUUAUUUCCUGAGGAUAUAUGAACGUUGUUCUAACACACAAGCUGCUUAUGCUGAUAUAGUCCUUCUGUCUAUAACUUUCACCUCUUCAUGAUUGAAACAAGGAGAACCUCAUGUGAUGAGAUACAGAAGGUUCUGCUGACGUUUCCUAGAUAAUCAUAGCUUAUAAAGUAUCAACGUUGUUCUUUAAGCUCGUUCAUCAGCCAAUGCAAAAGCCCAAUGACAUAUACCUCCAAAAACCAUGGUGCAGAUCACAAGCACAGGUCUGUCAAGAGGAACCUCUUGGACCUUUGGUAGAGCUGGAGGUCCAACCAUCUUCUGCAUUUUCUCUACAAGUCUCUCUUUAACUGAAUGGGUUGGCUCUGGUGGGUUGUAUUAGAAUCUGGGAACACAUCCCCUUUUAAGUAUUUGUAUAUAGCAUGUGACAGAUAUAUAAUAAAUAUGUAUAGUAAUAUAUGGAUAUAAGAGAACAGAUCGACAUAUAUAUAUAUGCGCAUGGAAAAUAUGCAAAUGAGUUUUCAUGCUCUUGUUCCCUUGACACACCAAUAAAGUGAGAUAUUUCUUUA